AUGACAGUGCUACUAAACCUACCCAACGAGGUCAUACUCCUCAUCGCCUCGCACCUCUGCUCGCCGGGCGAUCUCAAUUCGCUCCUGAGAGGCAACCGCCGGCUUGCGGCGCUCUUGGCACCGGUGCUGAACAGGGAGCUUGAUGGGUACUUUGCGGCGUCGUGUGAUUUUGCGCUGGGAGAGGCGGGGGGCAUGGUCAUGAGCUUGGGCGGGUUUGGCUUUUAG